CUAUGUGCAGGGAAGGAGAGGAACAGUACAUCUCGAUAUGUCGUCUUUACCGUUGCCGUUCUUCUAACUGUUACUUUUGUGCUACUAAUCAUAGCCUCCACAGGCAUCUAUAUAAGAGCGAAGAUGGCUAGGAAGAACGUCGGAGUCGUUACGGGGACAAUGCCUGGUGAGGGGAAUGGGGAACUAUUGACAAUGCGUAGCCCCGUCAGUAUGGCUCCUAGCCAACCAAAGAAGAACAAGGACAGAGGUUCAUUUUUGUUUGCUUGUUUUGCAUGCCGUACAGAGUCUAUGACCAUUGGUAGCCAGCACAAGGUUAGCCAAGCCACUGGAACGAGUCAAUAUAGUUCAAAGCUACAGGAGGCACUGGACAAGUUCGAUACAGGUUACAAUGACAGUCAGCCAGUGUCUCAUUUCUACUGUUUCGACGGCUACCUGGAGAAAUUCCUACGGUUCACCAUCCCUAGGGAAGGCGUCCCUUUGCUGGAGAAGCUCCGCAGCCAUUAUGGUGACUUCACAGCUGAGUGUAGGCUAGGAAACAUGGCUGGGAGCAUGCUGCUAAAGCUUCUAUCUGCUGUACUUCUGGAUAUUCGUCGCGUGCCCUUGAAGGACUUGGAUAUUACUCGUGUUUGCGAAUGGCGCGAUGCACUGAAGGAAGUUCUCGCAGCUGGCUUUGACGUGGGAUUUCUACUUGGUCAUAUCCGCCCCAUGAUUGUGGAGUUUCACAACCGUCCAUCAGAGCUGGAGCUUGCGGAGUUGGAGGCCACAAUUACGAAGAAAGAAGCUGAACUGUUGGAGCUAAGGGCCAGGAAGGACAGACUUGCUGCCGCCUGUUCUUUUGGAGUUGGAUCUUGUUUUGACCAUAUACUUAUUUAGUGUUUCUGACUAGGUGAAACUUUACACAAUUUUCUGGUUUUAUUUGUUUUUUGGGACUGUUUGAUUAAGGAGUUUCGUGAGUAAGAAUUUAUAUUUGGUUAUUGUAUGUAUAUUAGGACGAAUGUUAUUUGUUUGGCAGUUAUGCAAAAGUAAAUAUUAGUUGAAAAUAUAUCAUUUGAUUCAUGC